GCGGCAGCGUGACUGCGCAGACGCCGCAAGAGGUGUUCGUGGUUCGAGUCCGGUGAAUACAUUUUCUCGGCUUUCCCGUGUCACGGUGUCGCGAGCGCGUCUGUCGUCGACGCUCGCGGUGUCCGUCGGUUUUUAUCUAAUCGCUCGGAGGAAAAUUCGAUUCCGCGAGGGUGUGAGUACCGGUCGCGGGUGAUCGGUGGUAGUGUGCGUGUCGUGCACGAGAUCGAAAGGGUCGUCCGUGUUCCCGAGGAGCAAAGGAGACGAGCGACGAAGGCGGUCGACGGGUGAGAGACGAGCACAGGAAGAGCGAGAGAGAGAGAAGAAACGGCGUGGAGCUCUCGCUCUCGGCCAUAGGCGAGUAGAGAAAGAGAAGAGAAGAGAACGAAAUAGCUAGAAGUGUGUCGGGCCACUAUACACAUCGAGGAACGAGCCGAGAAAUCUUGCUUUUCCUCUUCGUUAGGUUGGAUCGAAGGGGCAGAGGGGUGGGUUAUUGGUGGGUGGGGUGCCGAAAAGAGAAGAGACAGUUCGUAAAGGAAGAGAUAAUCCGGCCGCGAAGGGUGUACGAGUCGUGUGUAUCUUUUGUGCGAGGGAAGAGUAUUGUGUCCGUAAACGAGAGUGCGAGAAAGAGACGGUGCAGUGCCGUGUAAACACAUCCCAUUGCCGUAAGUGCGUGCGCGAGUGGCAAUCAGCGACGACUUAACAUCGUCGUCGACGUCGUCGGUCACCGUCGUCGAGCUAUCUUCUCGCGACAACCUUAACGCGAAUCUCACAAAAAAUCGCUACAGUGUUGCGCGUUUAAAUCAGCCGAGUGUUUGACACGCGUAUGAGCCUUGAUCACAAAUGACAGUCCAUCGGACGAGAGGGCAAGUCGAGUGCUGGCUGGAUUCGUCUGUCUAGCGGGCAAAACGCGACACGAGAUGCAUCGUAGAGUGGGGUACAGCAACUACGAUGGCAAGAUCGCCGGGCUGUACGACCUGGAGGAGACUCUCGGCCGCGGUCAUUUCGCCGUCGUGAAGCUCGCACGACACGUUUUCACCGGCGAGAAGGUUGCAGUGAAGGUCAUCGACAAGAGUAAACUCGACGAGGUCUCGAGAGCGCACCUCUUUCAGGAGGUGAGAUGCAUGAAGCUGGUGCAACAUCCGAACGUGGUCAGGCUUUACGAGGUGAUCGACACGCAGACGAAGCUUUACCUGAUCCUGGAGCUUGGCGAUGGCGGUGACCUCUACGAUUACAUCAUGAGGCACGAUAGCGGCCUCAGUGAAGAGGUGGCCAGAACGUACUUCCGGCAAAUAGUCAGAGCCAUAUCGUAUUGCCAUCGAUUGCACGUGGUGCACAGGGACCUGAAACCGGAGAAUGUGGUGUUCUUCGAGAAACUUGGCACCGUGAAGCUCACCGACUUUGGAUUUAGCAAUAGGUUCUGCCCGGGUCAGAAGCUCGAGACUUCCUGCGGCUCUCUCGCGUACUCUGCUCCGGAAAUCCUGCUCGGCGAUAGUUACGAUGCUCCUGCUGUCGAUGUUUGGUCGCUAGGGGUAAUUUUGUACAUGCUGGUAUGCGGUCAAGCACCUUUCCAAGAGGCGAACGACAGCGAGACCCUCACAAUGAUCAUGGAUUGCAAAUAUUCCAUUCCUCCGCACGUUUCCGAGGGCUGUACGCGAUUAAUCGCCAAAAUGCUUGUCAGAGAACCGGAAGGCAGAGCGACUCUCGAGGAGAUAGCCGCCGAUCCUUGGCUGGCGAUCGGAUCCGAUUCGGAUUCCGUGGAAACUUUGCCCCUCGUCUCCAGGCAACAGGUCUCCGACGAUCAUCAUAACCAUAUCAUAACCAAAAUGGUUAACGGUAACAUCGCCACCAAAGAAGAAAUAUUGGACGCCCUCGACAAGAAUGAAUACAAUCACAUAACGGCGACGUAUUUCUUGCUAGCGGAAAGGAAACUGCGGGCUCAUCGUCAAGAGCAGGUGCAGAAAACUCGACCGGAGAUCCUUGAGGUUUCGCCUAGCCGGCAGGAUGACGCGGCAACGAACUUGCGUACCGACCAAAAUUCAUUGAGCACGGUGAACCAAUCGCUGCUGAGCGUGCCACGAACGCCCGGUGAUGUGCCACAAAACGUGCGCACGCGGAAGUGCAGCAUCGUCCAAGAGGAGGAGGACGAGGACGACGUCUCCUCGUGUUCGGGUCGGGACGAACGCGGCAGCAAUUCCGCGUUGAACUCCUUCAAUCGACGAGGUUCCCGUUCGGAGGGCAAGCUCUCGCAUAUCCUGCAGGAGCGGCUGUCGCAGCUGCCGGAGAAGCCGAGCCACAAGCCCCCGUCUCAGCGGAACUCGCAAAAGGACAUCAACGCCGUUCCUGUUCUGGCCGACGGGAAGGAGAGACUUAAGUCUAGUCCAAAGAGCGCGCACAGCAACGAGUCCUCGUCGCCUGUCCACGCGAAGACGUCGGGCAGAACCCAAGCGAGCAAUCAGCUCGUGGACCAAGUACCUGCAGUAACGAAGUUCGAUUCCACUACUCAGGAGAACCUGAAGAAUCGGCUGGACGAUGGCUCUCCUAGCUGGGCUAGGAUGGGCAGCAGUACGGAGAACAGGCCGAAGUCGGUGUCCGAGUGCCUGAAGUCGGUGGGACCUGUACCGGCGAACAAGUGGAGGAUGGGAGCGCAGCAUCGUUCCGCUGCCUCGUCCUUGGACUCUUCGGCAACGAUAGGUUCGCCGAAGUCGUCCGAUCCUAGUACGACGACCACGACUACUACCAUUUUAACGGAGUCGUCCACGGUGUCGAUUCCGCUUCGACCUUUGGGCGCGUUCGGCGAUAAUAUGGCUCCGUUAACGCCUAAAUACAAAACCAUGCCGUCACCAGGAAGCACGGGCUCGACGUCGACACCGCUGAACGAGAUCCUGGAGGACGGAGACGCGUUACCGGUGCCCAACAGCGACAACGGUAGCUCCAAGUGUCGCGUAGUCAGGAGGACAGGGUACGAGCAGAGGAGGAGCAAGUUCCACAAGACGCGCACAACCUCUUGUUCCAGCUCGGACGCAAGCGACGACGACAGCGAGAGUAGGAAGAAGAGGGCACACAAGUUCGGCGCGUCUACGGGUAAACCUAUGCCUUCCAGACGCGACAGUCACGACGAUUCCAGUGAUUCGCAAGAUCCUGGCGGAAACGCCGGUGGCGGGGAAGGUGGUGGUGGUGGAGGGGUGGGUAACGGGGAGCACACGACAGAGACACCGUCGAACGAGACGAAUCGCAAGGACAGCGGGAACAGAAGCAAUACGACAACUACGACCACUACGACGACCAGCGGUAGGCACAGGUGCGCGGAGAAUCAAGUUAUAUUUGGUAGGAGACCUCGCACGGGCAGAAGAAGAGCCGGCGAAACUCGGCUACGGGAGAGUCAGUCAUUGAACCGCAUCACGGAGGUCCAAGAGGCUGAAGGCCCGUCGUCGUGUCACAGUCACUGUCACGUGUCUCGUAAUUCGGCUGUCCUGGGCGUUCAGAGCAUGUCCUCGUCGUCUUCGUCGGUGUCUCAGAGCAGCACAGGUUCCCACGGCCUCGCUCAACCUAUGUCUCAGGCAGCUUCCACGGUGCAGAAGGCGAAAGGCUUUGGAGCUAGGCUCCUUCAAAGCUGGUCGCUCAGCACCGGAAAAUCCUCCUUGUCACAGUCGUCGAACAAGCAGAACAACUGCAGCCCUAACGGGAGGUGUACAAAGCAAGAGGUGCAACGAGACGGGUGUCAAAGGAUCGAGAUCUGUUGCGACGACAGGGAGAUGAACGGCAGCUCGGUCAACCAGAUACCGUCCAACGAUAAGGAGAACAGAAACGGUUCGAUGAACAGGAACGACUGCAAGAGCCGGAAAACACGACUGCUUAGUCGUUACUUCGCCGUGCACAAGAAGCUGUGCGUCCCGUUGCCGGGUCUGUUCGGCAAAGGGCGCUUGUACAAGGCCAGGUCGUGCGGCAGCAUCGCUCGCGAUCGCGUCAGCCCUCCGUCGCCCAAGUCCAUGUUGUUCUGCACCACGGCGGACGACAAAUGGCGGGAGCGUCGGCAAUGGUGCGACGCGAAGCACCAGCAUCGCGGCAGCGACGGCGACAUCAACCAGAAUCUAGGUCUCUCGCACCUGGUCCAGGAAACCGUGGUCGGCAAGGGCUGCGGCGCUCUGCCCACCGUCUGCCACAUUCACCUGGGUGACGCGUCCAAGUGCUGCAGCCUUUGUUGAUGAAACCGCGUUGAGAGCGAGUCGAUGCACAAACGAUGGAUGACACAGUACGAUUGUGGACGAGCCGCUGUUACGCGACGGAUAAUGUACGCCGCCGAUUCGAGCGGAGGAGGGCGCGGCUAAUCACGAAGUGCAAUCUAUUUUAUAGUAGCGACGACCGAUUCGCGGGAACACGUGGCCUCGUCGGUUAUGCAGAGACGUACAAGGCGACGGUCAUACGAACGACCGGACGUCUUCUGAACGCCAUACGCGUCGCGAUGAUCGUCAGCAACGACCUUUCGACGAUUACGCGGCAUGCGUCAAUGGUCAAUGCGUUUGAUCGAUCGCGUCAUGUUUACCCCCUCACGCCUCACUCUCACCAUACCUUACUCCUUCCCUCGAAUGAUGCGUGCCGACGAGAGUAAAAGGGUCAAGUCGAAAAGGAGGGCGUUAUCGAUCGAUCUGUCGCUCUGCGGGAAGUGUAUCUAGUCCGUGUGAACAAACCUAUAUUAAACGUUACAGAGUUUAUUACAAUUAUAAUAAUUAUUAUUAUUAAUUUUAUUUUUACUAUUAAUAUUAUUAAUAUUAUCACGUUUAUUAUUAUUAUUAUUACGAUUAUUGACUACGAUUAAUAUCAUUGUCACUAUCUAUGGUAUGACUUAGAUAUCGACGUGAAUCGGGUGCAACAAAGUCGCUAAAAUCAUCCGUGGACAUUGGAAUCUCAUUACCAUGGAGGGUCUUCCUCAUUGGCGUAACUAACCAAGUUGACUAUAAAACAUUCGAUACUUUUCAUACCAAGUGGAGCUUCGGCUUCAUCUACAGCAUCAAAUUAUCCCAUUCGGGAGAUUGAAAUGCCAAAUAAGGACUGUAUAGGAAACUGUUUCAUAGAAUAUAGAGAAACGGAUCUUCAUGCAGAAUGCAUUUGAUGCCCGAGUCAUCAAAAGCUAACCUAAUGACUGAUUUACGAAUUUUCUUUUCUCGAAUGCUGCACACCGUUAGCCAAGAAACGUGUCGAUGUAGGGAUAUAACGCGAGACUAACGCCUUGUGAUCUAACACGCGGUGACAUAACGGUGGCCCACCUCGGACAAAGAUCCUAGUUACGCCAAUGGUUUUUCUCCCUGCUCCCCUUAAUUUAUCUGUCCACCUCCCAUUCUCCCGGUUCGCGAUGACCGUACUGUUUUCCUGCGCAGAGACGCCUCCGGUAGCAUGAUCGUGGCUCUCGCGGAUCUCGCGUGAUUCAAAAAACACGAGCGACGCGGUAUUUAUAUGUAAUCGAUUAAAUUUGCGUAUCGUUUCGAUGGAGGACAUUGUUAGUGGUGCUACAAAUGGUCGACGUGACGAGCAAGAAAAUGGAAGAAUUCGAUCGACGUUCAAUUCUUCAAGAAGAACGAACUUCACUUUCGGGUGAAAUCUGAUCGCUAUCGAAACGGGCAACUAGGAUUUUAUAGAAGAAAGAUAUUUGAUACAACUUGGACACAGUGGAAAGUGCGAACGGAAGGUCUUGGUUCAAAAAGUCUUGAAAGUAUAUUACCGGCUCACAUUUUAGCUAGUGUCAUCCGUGAAUUAUGAGUUUUAACGAAUUCAGCCUAUACACUGAAAAAGGAGAAUUUCUUUAGAAAGAUACGGGGAAGUAAGAUUCUACAAAUGGGUACCUGCUGAGCCUCCCAAGCGGAGACAAGGAUAGACCAUCAAAUAUUCUGCAACCUAAACUAUGAAAGAAGUUACUAUCGAAGAAACCCCAAUGCAAAAUCAUUUAGUAUAAAAAAAUGUUCUACAAAUUCAUCCCGGAAAGGCGAGCAAGAAGUCUUCAGAAACCUGACGUCACGCAGUUUUCUUCUCGUCACCCGUUCCCUCUUCGUAUUGACAGCGAGUCGCGCGCUUGCCGGCUGAGCGCGUUCCUCAUUCGUUCAUAAUCAUUCUCAUCCCAGAGAAACAAACGCCUUGCUGUGUGAUUAGCAUCGCGACAUCAUGACUGAUGGAUGUUACACGCGUCUUGCAACCGAAAUAAACCGAGACGCUGAACAACGAUUAUCCAUGACAUUACACGCUUUUCUUCUUCGUCGAAGCUUGCUGAAGACUCGAGCAGGAUGGACUUUCUUCAAUUAACUUUAUCUGCUUCGAAGAUCGAAUGCGGGUCAUUCGGCAGAGAUUUCGCUGAGUCUAAGGGAUGCAUGUGCACACGUUUCGCUUUUCACCCUCCCUUUUUGUAUGUACGUCACUGCGGGCGAGCGGCGCAAGGGUUAAAGGUCGAAAUUCUGAGAUUCUUCAAGUAAACUGUUUUUGUGGAUUCUUGAGAUGGCAGGUACGGUUCUGUGUACUUAGGACCUUUAUUUUAUCGAGUUUUAUAGGUUACUUUGGUUCUAAAGUCUCGUUCGUCACAUAUCAAAUAUUAAUUAUCUACCACGUUUAUGUAUGAUUAUUCAGUUCAAAAUGUUUAGACAAAGAAGUUGAAAUUUGUACAAUUACUGUUACAGCUAAACUAAGAUGUAGCUAUAUUUCAAGAACCACACGUUCUCGUACCUGAACUAUAAACUGCCUCAAAGGAAUAUGAGAACAUCUGAAGAAACUUUCAAGAUUUUUCUCACAAAGCAGCUUACUCUAAGAAGUAAAUGAUAUCAGUUCUUGAAAACUUCAGUUAAUAUAUGGAAAUUUCAAACGAAGUUUAAUAAUGAAGUUUUGCACUCGAUCGACCUUUAAAUCUCGAUUGUUCCCUCGUCGCAGUGAACGUUUCUCCCUCGAAUAGCCGAAGAUCGUUGGUAUGUACCUAACACGUAUCAGGUGUACGAAACCCACGCGUUACUGUAUGUACCGAGCCAGACGUUUAUAGUGUAAUACAAUUUAUUUAUUAUAUACAUAUAUACAUAUAUAUAUAACCUGUUGAGAGACGAUCCUUUUCUCAAUCGUCACUGCCCGACGAUCGUCGACCCUCUUUUACUUCUCUCAUGUUUCACCCUAGCGAAAAAAGUUAUCCAGGUAAAUCCUAGUUCGGGUCUCCGGAUUAGAGAUACAUUGUAUACUAAGUGCGGAAAGAUAUACAAAUAAUAAUUUUCAUUAAUUCGGCCGAAUCAGUACUGAUCAGUGUGAUCAAGUUUUCGGAACAUUUUGCAGUAAGUAAACGUUUCUUUGUCAGAUUAUUUACGUUCCAUUAAUUACCAGGAAUCUUAUCAUAUUUUUUUGUGAAGAUAAAGCUAUCAUUUUGAUUCGAAUAGAUAAAAACUUCUGUAAUUUGUCUUUGUAAAUCAUCUUUGAAAUGCCUUCUAUCGUUCUAAAUAACAGAUGUUAAUUCAGAUUUGCAAUACAUCGUAGUUCGACAAAAAAUGAAUGACUAUUAAUGUCUUUACCUGGAUAUUCUACUUCGUUUUUACUGCGAUUGGAACUGUUUUUAUGCUGUUACUAAUAGAAUGGCGAGUUGCGAAAUAGAGUCCAAUAUGGCGUCGCUUUGAACGGUGGCGGGAAACGUUCCAACUUCGUUGACGGAUAAUUAUUUCAUUGAGCUAUGAAAUUCGAGAAACUAUAAUCCCGAUCGCGUUAAAAUGUCUUUAAUAAUCAACUUUACCUCUUAAUUUAUUGUUCCUCACAACAAAAGUUCCGAAUACUUCGUCACACUGUUCAGGAGUUAUAAAAGCUCGCUAACUCCCGAGUCCACUUAGAUAAUAAGAAUAGUUGAAAUAUUAAAUUGCUCUUCAUUCGCUACGACACCCCGAAGUGACUUCCCACUUGAUGUCUCAGACCUUUACAGUUCCACAACACACUAUGAUAAUAGAUCCUGUCGAUGGCACAACCGUGAUAGCUAGCAAGAAAUGAAGUUCCGAUGAGAUCAAGUGUGGAAGACACGUAUGAGCGCAAAUUAUAAAUGUCCAAAAUAUGUGGUAAAGCUCUUGAGAUCGCCUCCAGUUCGAUAUCUGACUCCCAAGCAGUAACUCGAUCGAUGUUACAGUUGUUAGACGUCGAAAGGAUGGGAUCUAACGGUUGCGUCGUCGGGUGUGUCGCUUUUGGGCAACUGCCCAUCAACCCUGAGGAGCCCAACACUGCCUCGUGGCACAGGCUUCCGUUGGGUUGUUGCUGGUGUUGUUGCAGCAUCAGCGUCUGGCUCGAAAUCACCUGGAAUUGCUCGUUGAUCAAAGGCGCGCCUCUGGCCACGCAUAUCACUCCAUCCCGUAUUAAAUGGACCCUCUCCGAGUUACCACUUAACGUUUAAAAGGAGUUUGCUUCCUCGACAAAGACUGAGCAAAUUGUACAAUAAUCAUCGAUCACUAAAUCAGACCAAAAAGAUGGAAAAUGGAAAGAACGGAUGGUAAUUCGACGCUUGUAACUUCCUUUUCAGUCGCGUCGGAUCACACGUUCUGUCGAUUACGUUCAACGAAGUCGUUCGUGUACCAACGAAUCGAACGGGGAAGUGUAAAAACGGGCAUUAAAUUUCCGUUCGAUGGAAAUGUAGAGAGAACCAUGACAUCCCUGUUUUAGCUGUAAAGCGAAUGUGUUAGCGAUGUGCUUCGUUGUCGGGCAUUAACCCCUUAAGAGCUCAAGUUUUGGGGGAGAUUCUUCGUAAGUGGAAUAUAUUUUCGUGGACAGUAAUUUAGUUUGCUUUCGAAUUUUAUUUCUGCUGGAUUUGCGGAUAUUUGGAAAUCUGAGAAUUUUGGAGUUUUAAGUCUCGGUUCCUAAAUUAGAAAGUUAAACUUGGAUUUUAUUAUUUAGGAAUUUGAGGAUUUGGGGAUUUCAAGAUCUGUGAAUAUAGAAAUCUGAAAAUGUCUCAGUUUCUAUAUUUGAGAAAGUUUCUGCAUUUGGGAAUUUUCAUCCUGAAAAUUAUCAGUAAAUUGCGCAAUUGACUUACAAAUUUUGGAGGUUGUAAAAGUUUCAAAUAUUCUACAAGAAUGUCACAUCGAGUACUAAAAAUAUAAAAUUUGUGGUAAAUAUGAUCCUUAAGGGGUUAAAUGAACCCGGAGAAUUCAUAAGCUUGACCAAUAAAAUACUUUACCCUUGGAACGUUCUAUUCGAUUAGAGUGCAAACGGGCAAUCCCUUUCCGUUUUUAUUUAUUAUUUUUCUAAGUAUACCCGUAAAUUAAGUACCCUAGAAAGUGUUGCAUCUCCGAGUUUCCUGUAAGCGGGGGAUUCGUGUCCCCAUACGGACACUAUCUAUGAUAAAUAAGAGAUAUUUUUCGUGUUGUAAAGCGACUUCCCGUGUUGUAAAGAGUCGCGACGAAAUUUCCACGCUGACAUUCUCGUUUGCUAGUCCCGUUCAAGUUGUCUCCGACAACGCUGUCGCAUAGAGUACAAUAUUGUCCCACGAAUUUUUGUAAUUCGAUAAAAUAUCCCGUUUUUUCCACCGACAUUACACGCCAUUUCGCCAAGCGUGUCCUUGGAGAUCGAAACGAAAAAUAUAAUUAACAAGACAAAAGAGUAUAUACAUAAAUAUAUACAUAUAUAUAUAUACAUAUAAGACAAGUGUCCGCUUUAGGUUUCAUAAAUGUCGGCCCAACUUACUGCCAGCUGAAUGUAACGAGACAAGAGAAACAACAAUAAGAUCCAUUUUGUGUGCACCUGACGACGAUGUGAAGCUGUCGCUCUGGGGUGCACAUAAUUAUUCAUGCAAUAAACUGUGUGCCCGAAACGAAUAAAUGAAAAGUAACGAAUCAGCGA